AUGCUUCUCGCUCUCCUCUCACUUCCGGCUCUAGUGGCCGGCGUACCUACCCUUCAACUCAGGCAAGACAACAAGCACCACCUCUCGCUCACCCGGCGCUCGAUUCAUCGCCGCGGCGAGUUCUUAACUCCGGAGUCUUUGGCAAAGUCGGCGGACUUCGUGAGGUACAAGUAUGGCUUCAAGACUCCAGACGGCCUCGCGCGAAGAGCAAGCGAGGCGGAUAUUGGCGUCAUUGAUCAGGGUGGCGACACAAGCUAUGCGGCAUCCAUGAGCGUUGGUACCCCGGCACAGUCUCUCAACGUCGUUCUCGAUACAGGAUCGUCCGAUCUCUUCUUUGCGACGACGGACUGCACGGACUGUCCGAGCAAUACACCCGAGUUCAACACGAACCAGUCUUCGACACUGAACGCGUCAUCGCAACCCAUUGAGCUCAACUACGGUGGCGGAACCGCAUCCGGUACACUCUUUGAGGACACUGUCACGCUCGGCCCAUACACCGUACCUCAACAGAUCUUCGUCGGCGUCACACAGAUCUCGGACGGUCUCAUCGACGGUUCUCUAGGCGGACUUUUUGGGCUUGGAUUCCAAAGCUUGUCCGCGAGUGGUGCCCUACCAUUCUGGCAGGCGCUCGUCAACGCCGGCGAGCUGGAUAGCCCGGAUAUGAGCUUCUACUUUACGAGACACUUGGACGACGCGACGAGCUCGACGGAGACUGAUCCCGGAGGAACGUUCACUCUGGGCGGGACCAACAGUAGCUUUUACCAGGGCGACAUUGAGUUCAAUGCGUUCCCGGAUGGAACGGAACCUAGCUUCUGGUUACAGACCGUGUCUAGCUUGACUGUGAACGGCAACUCGGUCGACAUCAGCAACGACUCGAGCAACAUUGCAGCUAUCGAUACCGGUACAACCCUACUCGGUGGCCCGACAGCCGCUGUACAGGCGUUCUGGGCUCAGAUCGACGGCUCUCAAGAACUCAGCGGAGACCAAGCCGGACUGUGGGAGUUCCCAUGCGAGACGAACAUCUCCUCGACGUUGGCGUUUGGCGGCACAGCAUGGCCGAUCUCACCGGCCGAUAUGAACCUCGGUCAGAUUUCGCAGGACUCUUGUGUGGGCGCAGUAUUCGAUGUCACGCAGGGCGCGACGGUUAAUCCAAACGUUCCUUCGUGGAUAGUGGGGGACACGUUCCUCAAGAAUGUUUACACGGUGUUGAGGGCUGGCGAUAGUCCUGCUGUCGGGUUCGCCAAGUUGGCUGAGAGCUACGGUUACUGA